GGUUUCAAACAUUGAACAAUUUUUGUUGGGAAAUAGUGGUUUCGGUGGAUGAAAUAAAUGUGGAAUUGAAAUAGCUGUGGUAUGCAUGUGUGCUAACUAAUGUUUGUACAAAUAACAAUUAUAGAUGAUAUUGGUAUCAGUGUUCAUGUUAUGGAGAGAAAACUUUUAUAAACCUCACAGUCUGGCUCUAAAUGAAUGUUGAAUUGUAUAUUGAAAGCAUGUGAUUUAAAUGAACUGGUUUAGUAUCAAACUGCAAGACUAUUUGUGUGAAGGGAUUUAUUAUACUUGAACAACAAUAGGAACUAUUUCUGUGUGAAAAUGGAAGACGUUGAAGAAACCGCUUUGUUGAAGGGUGAUCUAGAGGAGGAGAUGGAGCGCUCAACAAUUCUGAGUGUUAGCGGCAUGACCUGCGAAUCAUGCGUGAGAAACAUUGAGACCAAUAUAUCUGACAUGAAGGGAGUCAUCUCAAUAAAGGUUUUCCUGGAGUCAGGGGAGGCCCAUGUGACCUACAGCCCAACUGAGACGUCCCCCCCGAUAAUCGCCGAGGGAAUUGACGACAUGGGGUUUCCAACCAAGGUGAAGGUCGUCAAUCCGAAUAUUGAGGUUGCUGAUGAGCCCCCACUGCUCGAGACGACGAUAAGCGUUGAGGGGAUGACUUGUCAGUCUUGUGUGAAAAAUAUUGAGGGCAAUAUUUCGAAGGUUGACGGGAUUCAUAAAAUUAAGGUGAUCUUGGAGGAAAAGAAAGCGUACGUCAAGUACAGCCCUCUGAAGAUAAUGCCCGAUGAAAUUGCUGAGAAGAUUUCUGAUAUGGGCUUCGAUUCAUAUGUUUCAUCGAAGAAGUCCAAUGCUCUGAUUGCAAGAAUCACUGUUAAAGGAAUGACGUGUCAGAAUUGCGUCAACACUAUUGAGUCAUUUGUGAAGAAGAAGGAGGGUGUCCAGUUUAUUCGAGUAUCGCUGGAAGACAAAGAGGCCUUUAUUAUCUACAGGCCUGACAUGACCAACCCACCAACGCUGAGGGAUAUCAUAAGCGAUAUGGGUUUUGAGGCUUCACUGCCGAGAGAGAAUUCAGUCGAUGUCGAGUUUGAUCGCCUUGCUAAGAAGUCAGUCGGGCCAAAGAGCAAGGUGUGCGUAAUUGAUAUCGAAGGAAUGGUUUGUCAGUCAUGCGUUAAAAAUAUCGAGUCGAACAUUUCUGACAAAUCAGGUGUUCUAAGUAUCAAAGUAUCCCUGGAGGAAAACAACGGCAAGGUUACAUACAACCCGAACAUGACAAGUGCAGAAGAAAUAGCACAGAUGAUCGAUGAUAUGGGUUUUGAUGCAAAAGUCGCGGGAACCGAAGGCAAUAGCGCUUUACAGGUCGAAAGCACCGGAACUGUAACGGUUAGCAUCAAAGGAAUGACGUGCAACUCCUGCGUGAAGACUAUCGAAGAAACGAUGUCAAAACAUCCUGGAGUGAAGAGUAUAUCGGUCUCGCUCCAGAAUGAAUCAGGAACGAUUGUGUACUAUAUGGGAAAGACAUCACCACAGAUGCUGGCCGAGGCUGUGGAUGACAUGGGCUUUGAGGCGGCAGUCAAAGAGAAAAACGGCACUGUGCCCAUGCCAGCUGGUUUACAUGGAAGCAAGUCAGCUGGAUCCCUGCAGAUUGACAGCCAGAUGGGAACAGCCCGCUACAGGCCGGGUACCAAUGAGGACGAGGAGUUUGACAAGUGUUUCCUGAAGGUUACGGGCAUGACGUGUGCCUCAUGUGUGGCGACCAUUGAGAAAAAUCUCCUGAAACUGGAAGGAGUGAAGAAGGUGUUGGUAUCGUUGAUGGCCCAGAAGGCGGAGGUGAAGUAUGAUGCUGCAUACGUGCUGCCCUCACAGAUCGCCAACAAGGUGUCCAAUCUCGGGUUUACUGCCUCUGUCAUUGAGUCAGAGUCUGCCGGACAAACCAUUGUGGACCUUUCUAUAUCAGGCAUGACGUGUGCGUCCUGUGUUCACUUGAUCGAGUCGAAUCUGAUGAAGCGGCAAGGCAUGAUAAGCGCCAAAGUUGCCCUGGCAACAAACAAGGGCAAGUUUGUCUACAACAGCGAGUAUAUAGGCCCGCGGACCAUAAUAGAGAUUAUUCAGGGCCUUGGUUUCCAAGCAGAGCUCUUCACAGCUGGUGAUGAUGACGUGGCAAGAUACGACCACAGGGAUGAAAUCAAAAGGUGGCGUACAUCGUUCCUAUGGUCGCUAAUAUUCGGUGUUCCGGCCAUGGUGAUCAUGGUGUACUUCAUGUUCGGUCUGAAAGACCCAGACGAAGACCACCACAACAACAUGACUACAGCCAACAACACCAACGAUACCGAGAUGACGACCAAAAAAAUGGUGAUGACUGGCGGCCAUGGUUACCAGAUAAUGCUUAUUCCAGGACUCUCAUUGGAUAACCUGUUAUUAUUCCUGUUGGCCUCCCCAGUGCAAUUUAUCGGUGGCCGGUACUUCUACGUCCAAGCCUACAAGUCCCUGAAACACAAAGCCGCGAACAUGGAUGUUCUAGUUGUCCUGGCAACCACAAUAUCAUAUACAUACUCCGUUGCCGUGGUGUUGGCGGCCAUUGGUCUCCGUGAGCCAUUCAGUCCCGUGACGUUUUUUGAGACAACACCCAUGUUGAUGGUCUUUAUUUCCCUUGGCAGAUGGUUGGAACAUGUCGCAAAGGGUAAGACAUCAGAGGCAUUGGCCAAGCUGCUCUCCAUGCAAGCUCAGGAGGCAGUAUUGGUGGAAAUAGACAAGGAAGGGGCCAUUAUCAGCGAGAAAACUGUUUCAGUGGAUCUUGUGCAACGGGCAGACAUUCUGAAGGUAGUACCAGGUGACAAAGUCCCAGUUGACGGUAAGGUGAUCCAGGGCUCCUCCACAUGUGACGAAUCUCUCAUCACCGGCGAGUCGAUGCCCGUCAUAAAGAACGUGGGCUCCACAGUUAUUGGCGGGUCCAUCAACCAGCACGGCAUGGUGCUUGUUGAGGCGACCCAUGUCGGAUCAGACACCACACUGUCACAGAUUGUCAAACUGGUAGAAGAGGCCCAAACUUCAAAGGCGCCAAUCCAGGCUGUGGCUGACAAGAUAGCGGGCUACUUCGUGCCCUUGGUGUGUACGUUAUCCGCCCUGACGUGUAUUGCCUGGAUAAUUGUGGGAUAUGUGGACAUUUACCGUGUUUUUCCAGACUUUACGGAAGAUGGUGAUUACACAAAGGCGGAGAUAAUUUACCAGAAGGCAUUCCAGUUUGCGAUCACUGUGCUGAGUAUUGCAUGUCCCUGCGCCCUGGGACUGGCCACUCCCACUGCGGUAAUGGUGGGCACUGGUGUAGGGGCCAUCAAUGGGAUCCUCAUCAAGGGAGGGGAACCACUGGAGACCACACAUAAGAUCCAAGCAGUGGUGUUUGACAAGACGGGUACAGUGACACAUGGAGUUCCGCGAGUCGCUCGGGUCGCCAUGUUUGUUGAGGAGAAGGUGUUCCGAUUUAUCGAACUGAUCGCAAUUGCCGGCACUGCAGAGGCCAGUUCGGAGCAUCCCAUUGCGUCCGCCAUUGUCAAGUACACUAAAGAGACCCUCAAGACGGAGAAUCUCGGUAAAACUUCCGACUUCCAGGCAGUGCCCGGGUGUGGGCUUAAAUGUAGUGUAUCAAACCUAGAGCCCAUUUUCUCUGCGAUUGACUUUGAGGGUAUCAACAACAGGAAAAAUAUCAAUGGCAGUCUGCGUGUCAAGAUUGAUAACGUUCUGUUUGACAACGUUGAUGACAGUACGUCUGUCCAUAUUGAAGAUGUCAACUUCAUGGGUGCUGCGUCAUCGCAAGUGUACGAGGUUCUUAUCGGGAAUCGUGAGUGGAUGAAACGUAACGGCCUGAAUGUCUCUGAGAAGAUGGAUCGUACCAUGUCUGAACACGAGGAACAGGGACACACCGCAGUGCUUUGUGCUAUUGACAGCGAGAUCAUUGCUAUGCUGGCUGUAGCUGACACAGUGAAGACUGAAGCUCAUCUCGCGAUCACCACACUCAAAGACAUGGGUCUGCAAGUGAUGCUGCUUACCGGCGACAACACGAAAACUGCUCGCGCCAUUGCUAAACAGAUUGGCAUCCAGAAGGUGUUUGCCGAGGUUUUGCCCUCGCACAAGGUCAAGAAGAUCAAGCAGUUACAGAAGGCAGGACUGAAGGUGGCCAUGGUUGGGGACGGCGUUAACGACUCCCCCGCCCUCGCGCAAGCCGAUGUUGGAAUCGCCAUUGGGACCGGCACUGAUGUCGCUGUAGAGGCAGCUGAUAUUGUCCUGAUUAAUAGUAACCUGCUAGAUGUGACAGCUGCCAUCCAGCUUUCCAAAAAGACGGUCCGUAGAAUCAGGAUCAACUUUUUUGCGGCCUCCGUCUAUAACAUCAUUGGAAUUCCUAUAGCUGCUGGUAUCUUCACCCCAUUCGGUGUUUCCUUGAAGCCAUGGAUGGCGUCUGCAGCCAUGGCCGCCUCCAGUGUUUCUGUUGUCUGCUCCUCGCUACUUCUGAAAACGUAUCGCAAACCAAGCAAGGAGAGCCUGCUUACGACCAGCUACUGGCAUAGAUUUGCCAAGGACCAAGACGAUGACAACAUCUCAAUCCACAGGGGCGUGACCGACUCCAUGUCAAGCCGGGAACCAAGCAAGCAGGGAAGCAUCCUGUCUCGGUUGAGUGGGAAGAAGAAGCCACAGACCCAGGAUCAUGCCAGUCUGCUGGAGGCCGGGGCGGGCUCGGGGUCAGAGUCUGAGACAGAUGAGGAGAUGGGGAAAGGGAUUAACAAGAUCGUGUAGAGAGAAAACAAUAUUGAAGAAUGUAAAGAGAUACAAUAAUACAAAAUAAAAAGGGUGUUUUUAAUGUCUGCACCAUUUAAUGUUUUUGCACCAUUUAAUGUGUUUUUACCAAGAAAAAGACAAUAAAUAAUAGAAAUGCACCAUACUGUGUAUGGUUUGGGCACAUUAAGUGUAAUCUUUAAAUACAAUGUAAUAGGUAAGAAACUUUAAGUAGUGUUGUUUUUUGAAAAAGAAGUUUUACAUGUUUUGUUAUAAACUCUACAUAUAUCUGAUCAAAAUAAUAUAGAAACAGCGAUUUAAACAUGAGAUAUAUUAUGUUCAUUUUACAUUGUGUUGCUUAAUUAGUUAGUUUCAAACCCUUCCUUUUUGAAAAUAUUGUAUGUAAUUGAUUACUUAAACUAUUCAUUCUUCAAAAAAUGCAUCUAAACUUUCUUUUGGUACAUGCACAUUUGUAAGCUAGCUUUAAAUUUCCUGCACACUCAAGGAUGUUAAUGUUGGGCUGUAACUCCCAACUUAAAGGCCCACUAACUGUUAGUUUUAUGUUAGCAAAUAUAAAUCCCAGUAAUUGUUUGGGUGGAAAUGAACAUACUUAAAGGGACUUGCUCAUGUUUUUGUUAAAUGCACUUUUUUUGUAUGAUGAAAUCAAGUUUGGCAAAUCGUAAGAGUUGUUAAAACUAAGAUACCGAGGGCGGGAACCCUUCAACAAAUGUUAAAAUAUGCUCAAAUAUUGUCUUUGAAGUCCACGAUUCUGAAUAGCAUUAGAAAUGACAUUCAACAAAAGGCUUAAAGGUUAAGUUAUCCUUAUGUUUGUGUAUGAGUCCUCGUGGGCGUGAGGUUUUGUUGUCAGUUUUCUAAUUUUUCCUUGACUACUGGCAUGGGUUCACUUCCCACUAAAACCAAAACGUUUUAUAUAUACUACAAGUGUUGCUUUCUGCAAUUUCUGUUUGAAAGAGUAAUACAGUUUUAUAUGGGUUUUUUAAUAUGUUGUUUUGAAAUGCAUUACCAGGGGGAAAAAUUGAUGCCAAAACAUGAGUGAGUCCCUUUAAUAACAAAUAUUCCAUUUUUGUGGACAGUUUUUGCUGUGAGGUAGUACAGAAAUGAGACACUUUCAUGAAGCCCACUUCAACACAAUUAUUAUUUAUUUCUUUAUUGGUAAGUGUAAACAAAUACUGGUAGUUGGCCAACACAGAGAGUGGAGUGGGGCUUUUAUGUUUACAUAAAUAUUAAACAAAUAUUUUCCAAAGUGCAGAUAACAAGUGCUUUAAUAUUUCCUUUUUUUAAGCAUUGACUUAAAUGAUGCAUUUGCCAGUGGUCUGAUAAAUUUUUUAUGUGAUAUUUGUUAUUAUGCAGAAGAAUGGUGCAUUUCAGUGCUAGAAUGAUGCAUAUACCUUUAAAUGGGACCAACAGGGAUGAAACAGUUCUGGCCCCAAUUUCUCAAAACUUCUUAAGCUUUAACAGGCUUAAGUAGCUUAUUUCAAUAAGCCAAAAUGCAUACUUUAGUUUGAUUUUGAUAAUUAAAAACAGCUUUAUUGUGAUGGUCAUCGAGCUUAUCACUAUUAAAAGUCUAUAAAAAUCUUAAAGAAGUAAAUAUAACACAAAUUAUAGAAGUAAAAAAUCUUAAAGAAGUAAAUAUAAGAAAAAAUAUAGAAAUAAAAAAUCUAAAAAAUCGUAAAGAUGUAAAUCAAUGACAAAUUGUAAAGAAAUAGUGAGCAAAGCUAAAUCCUUUUAUAACUGACUUAAAAAGUUUCCUGAAAUGGGGGCCUGGGGAUUAAUCCAAACCAGCUUUAGAGCUUUCAAUUUCAGACUAUCCUUCAUUAAUUUUGUAAAGUUGUGGGGUUUUGCUAGGUGUUUGCAUUAAAAAUAGUAACAAAUACCUUAAAUGGGUAUAAUUAGCUUUAAAAAAACACAGAUUUAACUGGCCCCUUUGCCCUGCCUAACCAAUGAGUCACUCAUACUUUAACAUAAUUUCUUGAGAAUGGGAUUUUUGUUCGGAUACGUCCCUGGACCAAGUAACAAUAAGUAACAAAGUUCUGUAAUAAUGAAACUGUGUUGUACUAUUUUUUUUAAAUAUUUCAAUAUGUGAUAAUUUAAAUUUGUCGUUUCAUUUAAAAAUUAUUUGACUGUUUAAUAAGUGUGUGUUGAAAGAUUGUUGUUGAAAAACAGAUUAUGUGUUGAACUUGUUCUACCAAAUAGUGAAUAAUGAUAUAAUAUUAUGAAUUAUGCGUCACAAAAUAGUUAAAUGAUAUAUUUUUUUUAUCCUGCAGACAAGUAUUGACUGGUCAAGUGCUAAUCAGCUGGUAUAUUUGAUUUGAAAUUCUUAAUUUAUGAUGAUAUUUUACCUAACAGCUGUUAUUUAGGCGUUAGUGAUAUGGAGUUCUUUAUUGUGCUGUUGUAAAUAUAUACGAUUUAAUCAGAAUAAAAGUUCAACGUUUGCCUACA